AUGUACAGUAGCGACGAGAGGGAGGUCUACGUCGCCAAGAGAGUGCUAGAUUUUGCAGAGCUAUUCAUCUUUGCGAAUGAUGUGUUCUCGGCAGAGAGCGAGAUUGCCGCCACGUUCUCAGGCAGCAAAUCCUUCAACGAGGAAACCAAGGACUGGGAUUGGUUCCUGAAUUUCCAGGCCGGGUUUAUCAUCACUAUUGCCCAAUACUGGGCUGGAAACCGUCUGUCUCGAAAUCGCGCGAUGGAAAACCGAUUUGGUGAGGUUGUGAAGGUUGCUCGACGGAUCGGACUUGUCAAAUCCCGUCAUCUUCCUGAUGACCAGGUCUCAGAGCACCUGUGGAUCCAAAAGGAGUGUCGAAUUAGGACGAUCUGUAUGAUUUCGCUGCUCGACUGCGCAUUCUUUUUCUUUCAGAAUUACCCUUGCCGCCUGGCACGCACUGAAAUGGAAUGCGAUCUGCCCUGCGAUGAAUCACUUUUCGUCUCCGAGCACCCGUUCGCGGAGCCAAAUUUUCGCUUCCAACGUGACCUUAGGCUUUCGGAGGCUUUCAGGAAUCUGUUUGACGAAGCACCCGAGUCUAGUCCAAUGGACCUUACUGCACUAGACAUGUUUAUCUUGAUUCACAUUCUAUUCUCCUUUAUUAAUACUCAUAUGACACUUCUCGGUUCUUUUAUACCCACUGGCCGUUUGAAGAAUCCCAGAAAUAGUGCCAGGAUUGGCACAAAAGACAGCGCGGUUCCUGGAGAUUCUAUCCUCAUUGCCAUCCGCAUUGCUCUGUCCCGCUGGCGUGAUUGCUGGAUUGCGCUACGCAGUAGAGUAACAAGUGACGAAUGGGCGUCAAUGGGGUUGUUCAAGAAUAGCUAUAACUUUUGGCUGGUAUCGCAACUGCUUAUCACCAGAAAGGAUGCUGUUGACGUGGUGAUGCAGAUGGAAGUGCACUGUGAAGAUAAAUUGGAGAAGCUGAAGGUGUUGCUUCUUGAUGACCAGGAAGAUGUAUGA